ACCAGAGUUGAGGUUUAAAGUUUGAACAAGUCAAGACGCUGCAGUCAACAACAUUAAAACAUACAGCUUCUUUUAGGAGUGUGAAUUUCUGCCCAUUGGACCAUACUGUAUGGUGUGUGGCCGCACACACCCCAACUCCUGUAAAUGGCAGGGCUCUGUGUUCUCAAGAUCCUGCUGCUCUGGACCGGGAUCAUCAGUUUGGCCAAUUCACCAGAUGAUAUGACUAAACUGAAGACGACGGCUCCAGAGCCUCAUGUGAUUAUAGUGAGCUGUGAAUAUUCAAGGCGCUUUAAUGGACCUGAGGUGAUGUAUAUCACACAACAUCGUUAUGCUGGUGAUACUCUGCAUGUGACUGCUUUCAAUGAACACUUUGAGCACAAGUCCAAGACAUAUGAUGUUGCUACUCACUAUCAUGACAAAGCUGUCAUUGAUUUUCUGGCGUUUCUCAUCGUCCUCACGUCUGUGGCAAUACUUGUGGUGAUCGACAGCAUAUACGUUCUUAACCGUGUUCCUAAGCACAGAAAGUCUCGUGACGUGAAUGAAAACGCGAUGUUUCAAACGGCAGCAAGUCUCAGGAGCCUCAAGACUUUGCUGCUUUCAGCUGGGAUCAUAUGUCAAAUCACUACAACUGCUGGGCAAAGGAUUACAGCUUCCUCACCUCUAGAGUGUUCCUACACUGUAACACCCAUCAAGUUUGGCUUCCAGAUUGACAUUAAAAGCUCUACCCCUCGUAACUACACCAUAAACAUUAAUGAAGAAGGCCGACCAGACACUGGAAAACACAUCACCGUCCAUCAGUCCAGUCAAAGCUCAUCACAUGAAAUCAAACACCUGAAGCCCUGCACUGAAUAUGAGCAUUAUGUGACACAUCUUGAUGGUGCUGGUGAAAAACACUGUAGCCACACUGAAGAUAAAACUAAAACGACUGACAUAAGUAAAGAUGACAUUGAAGAUGUCAGCUGCAUCCCUGGACGUGUUUGUUACCGGAGUGAUUGGGACAUCAGCUCUUUACUAUCAACCACAAAUGCUGUGCGAUGUGACAAUAAAACAUUCUGUGUCAAACCUGGUUACAAUGACAUUUGUUCAGAUUUUACUACAAAGUUCACAUCAGAAAAGUGUCCGACCACUUCUUUUAGCCUCACCAAAAGCUUCAUCCCUGUUGAUUUCUUAAACGCAAGUGAAAUACAUCAGAUUGUUUCCACUAAACUUCCAGUGAAAAUAGAAACAAAAUUACCUCCAAACUGUAAAAAUCUCUCUGUUGAUUACACCUGCAGGGAGAGUGGCGGAGUCACUGAGCCUAAGCUGGAGUCGGAGCUGGAGCCGUUUACUGACUACAGCUGUACUGGUCAGAUCAAGGACAACGAUGUCACCAUUAAAAACACAACUGCUGUUUACGUCAGGAUUGACUGUGAUUUUAACAUAAUCGCCACAAAGAACAACGUAACCAAUACGUCUAUUGGCUUGAGUUGGAGCACAACCAGUGACAAGUGUCAAGAAGUCCUUCAUGAGCUUGAUAAGCUUUCAUACGACUGCAGCUGUGGUCCUACUCCCUCCCAUCAGACACACAGGAGUAAAGCUAACAAAGAGUCAUCAGGAGGAACAUGUCUUGUUUCUGGACUGGAACCAUUCACCACAUACACCUGUGGAGUCAAACCCAUCUACAACAACACAGAGACAGAUGCUAAACAAACUCCAGUGACACAAGUGACUGAGGCUGGAAUACCAGACGAUAUUAAAGACCUGAGGACGUCACAGCCAGAGCAUAAUGUGAUUAUAGUAACCUGUAUUCAUUCAGGAAAAUUAAACGGUCCUGAAGGCAAACAGAGAUACAGAGCAGAACUUCAUCAUGGUGGUGUCAUUGUGAAGGAACUUAAAGAGAAAGAAUGCAAGUUUGAAUUCAGGGACCUGAGUUACUCUACGACCUACACAGUGAAGGUGACUGCUUUCAAUAGACACUUUGAGAGCAAGCCUCAGACAAUACCUGUUGCCACUUUGGACAGUGGAAAAGCUCUCACUGUCACUAAUAUUCUGGACGUCCUCAUCAUCAUCAUCAUCAUCAUCAUCAUCAUCAACAUCUUAUCUGCAGCCUUGGUCUACAAGAUCUGCGUUCUGAGACACAGAAAGUCCAGAAAUGACGUGAAGGGAGAUGUGAUGUUUGAAUCAACAGCAAUUUAUGUUAAUGCACCUGAAUCUGCUUGGCGUCCUACUGGAGAGCAUCCUGAUGGAGCUGUAUACUAAGUCAUCAUUUACUCUUAUUAACUUGUUAAGUACUGCAUGUAUGCCUUGGCAUUGUUCAUGUCUUACAUGACAGGCCUAACAGUUGAAGUCAAGACUUUCUAAGAUCUUUUUAAUGCCACAUGGACUGCAAUUUAAUACCAAGCCUACUAAGUAUGGAAGUAUGAUGGAAUACCAGUGGGACAAUAUGCCUCAGAGUUGCAUAUUACAUUUAUUUCAGUUUAAGUCUUAGUAGUAUAUAUAAUAUACAAUAAUUAAUGAAAUGAAUGCAAUAUGUUAUGCUUUUUAACAGCCUUCUCUUCCAAUAUGCUUAAGAAAAAAGCGAACCAAGAAUUCAAAAGGGAACCAAAAGGGGCUAUGGCUGUCUAAACAAUUUAAUGUUAGACAAGCAAAAGAUAUGACAAUGUAUAUUUUAAAAUGAGGCUUGAAAAUUCACCUGUGUUGCAUGGCUUUAACAUAUACAAAAUCUGUGUUUUAUUGUUCAAUCCUUGUACUUGUGCCACCUGCAGGCCAUUAAUGUUACUGAUGCAUUUUACAGGUGUGUUUUUGUGUGAUUCUGAGGUGUUUCCAUUUAAUAUUUGUAUUAC